AACGAAACAAACGCGGAAAGAAAUACAAAAAAAAAGAGAGUGUGAUUUGGCAGUAAAUGUGAAUGAAGUAAAGAAACCACACAUAGUUUCCCACUUACCCCAUUUGAGUUUCGAAACUUUACGGCUCACCACCACCAAAACAAAGACGCGCUUUUUGUUUUCUUCUAGAUUAACCGAGAGAAAAGAGGAAGAGACAACCCACGAUCCUCCAUAGCUGUACAGAGAAAAAAGAAAAACCCUAAUCAUCAAUCAUGCCUUCUGGUGCUAAGAAAAGGAAAGCCGCCAAGAAGAAGCAGGAAGAAGCCUCUUCUACUCUCAAACCCAACAACAACCAUGGAACUACUGAGGAAGAAGGCGUCAGAGUCGUAAAGGAAACAGGGCUGGAUACUGACGAGCGUAUAGAGAUCACUGAUUCAAGCCAUGAUCAUGACAAGAGCUCUAGCAGUCGCAGUAGUGGUAGCAGCAGCAGCAGCUCGGAUGAUGAGUCUCAGGAAGUCAAGAGGGAAGAUGGUGAUAAGGAGGAGACUCAAGUUAUUAUUACACCUGUUCCAGUUGCUGGAGAUGCUCCGUUCAUCAUUGGUUCUACUGCUAAUGCGAUUGUAGAGAACACCGGUUUGAUGGAUUCGACUACACCCAGCGAUCCAAACACUGAGAACAUUGUCGAGAUCUCCUCUGUUGAUUCGGUACUCUCAAACGAGCCUGCCGCUGAAGUUUCUGAUGAGAGUAAGCAGGCGUCUUCAAGUACAACUGGCUCUGAUAAAAAAGAAUCCAAAAGUGGUGUUCCUGAAGGCAGCAAAGAGUCUGAGGUUGUCAUUUUUCAUGAGGAAGAGGCUCCCGUGCGACCAACACAUGGAGUUGCGCAAAGAACCUCAUGGUUAAGUUGCUGUGGUUUGUUUGAUGUGAUGACAGGAUCCAGUAGAUAAACUCAGAAACUUGAGUCGCCUUUAAACUCCCAAACUGCAACAAUAUGCUAAAAUUUCAGGAACUUGGAUGAAUGGCUCUCUUUCACUUAAGACUUAAAAUUACAUCUUUUCUCAUAUGAAAUAGAACUCAGCUUCUAGUAGUAGUCUUCAUUAGCAGGCAUGUCCCUUUCGCUCUGUACCAUUACUUGUCUAUUGUUGUGUUUUGUUCUCUGAAGUUGUGAGACUUUGAGACUGUUGUUGGCCAAUCUAAUGUAUGAUUGUUUCACUACACAAUCGAAUUUGUUGUAGCAUAUAGCUUACUAAAAUCAGAACUAGUUGAUUCCUA